AAACCGAAAAAAAAGUGUAUGAAAUAAAUAAAAAGAAUUAUUGAAUUUGAAGGCCCGACCAGUGCUGACGUCCAGAGAGGCUUCUCAUCUCAUCUUCCUCCCGCACAUUUAGGAAGAAGAUCAGACGGAGUUGCCAGUUUUCUAGGGUUUUGUUCAAUCUUAUUAUUAUAAAUCAACCAAAAUGGCGGCUCCACCUGCUAGAGCUCGAGCGGAUUACGAUUACCUCAUCAAGCUUCUCUUGAUUGGCGAUAGCGGUGUUGGUAAGAGUUGUCUUCUUUUGCGAUUCUCAGAUGGUUCUUUCACCACUAGUUUCAUCACAACCAUUGGUAUUGAUUUUAAGAUAAGGACCAUUGAGCUUGAUGGAAAACGUAUCAAACUGCAAAUCUGGGACACUGCUGGUCAGGAGCGAUUCAGGACAAUCACAACUGCUUAUUACCGUGGAGCCAUGGGUAUUCUGCUGGUCUAUGAUGUAACCGAUGAAUCAUCGUUUAACAACAUCAAGAAUUGGAUCCGUAACAUAGAACAACAUGCUUCUGAUAAUGUAAACAAGAUACUGGUUGGGAACAAGGCCGAUAUGGACGAAAGCAAAAGGGCCGUUCCCACCUCUAAGGGUCAGGCGUUAGCUGAUGAGUAUGGCAUCAAGUUCUUUGAGACUAGUGCAAAAACGAAUAUGAAUGUGGAGGAGGUCUUCUUCUCAGUAGCUAGGGAUAUAAAGCAACGACUUGCUGAAACCGACACUAAGGCUGAGCCACAGACCAUCAAGAUUAAUCAACAAGGGCAGGCAGCAGGGUCUUCUGAAGCUGCUCAGAAAUCAGCAUGUUGUGGGUCUUAACUGGAUAAUAAAAAAGAUUAGUCACAUUUUGACAAAAGAAGGCAUGAACUCUCAGCUUCGACGUAAACGUCGAUAGGGUCAUUAUACUAAUCUUGUCAGGACAACAUUAUGUUUUAUGUAUUUUUCCCAGAAUUCUAACUUUUUAUUUACUAAGUCGUGUUUUUAAAAGUUGAUUCCUGUUAUGAAAAAUUUAUUAAAUACAUCUUUGUUUCUCUAUA